AUGUUGCGACGCAUCACAUCGACUUGCCGUUCGGUUAGGCAGGGAUCAGAUGUGAUUCCGUUGAAGGUGACCGUUGCGCCCAUCGCUGUGGACACCAUUUCGGCGGUGUGCCUGUCUUCGGUUGAGUAUCUUGUCUUGGCCAUGGGCUCUCCAGCUACCUCCAAGGCGUUUCCUGUUGACAUUGAGUCAAGAAAGAUAAUUGGCGAACUCAAGAAGCUCAUCAAGGCUGAGCAAAACUCCGACUUUAACGACAUUGUUGCCAACAACCUCAUUCUUUGGCUUGCAACCAUCUCCAAUGACACCAAUGCCAUUGCUGUCACGAUUGGUGCCUUACACAACAAGACAGAGCUCGCCUUUCCAAGUUGUUUCUCGAAAGUCCUGACGACAGUACCUACAUCUUCAUCAGCGACCCCCGCCAGGUAA